CUUAUUUCAUCUUCGCCUUUUAAUUUGAUGAUACUAAAGGCAGGUGUUAGAGGCCGGAUUGCUAAAGCUGAUCCAAAGAAUGCCUCCCUCAAGGCUGGUUGAUCCCUCUCUCUCAGGCCUCAGUCUUCCCAUCUGUACAGUGAGGUGCCUGCAGAUCUCUGGGCUCUAAAAAUCACAGCUCCACGUCUAUCCCUGGCAGAGGAAGGGCCUGGAGUCCUGCCGCUUGCGUCUCUGGGAUACGGGAGCAAAGAGCCACGCAUCCCCAUGGCCCACACAGGCGUCACCUCCAGUCCCUCCUUGGCCUCAUCUCCCCAGCGUCCUGGAAUGGCAUCGGGUUGGCCCAGGGAGCCCCUGUCCUGCGCCUCUCCUUUCCCCUCAGGGGCUGCCAGGCUGACCACCCCCUCUCUGCAGGCCAGGCCUCCAGUGCACCAGGGAACGGCCCGACCCUCCCCCAGGGCGGCAGCAGGAAGAGGGAAGAAAGGGGAUCCUCUCCAGCUGGCCAGAGGAACAGAUCUUCUUGUGCUCAUCAACCCUCCAAGAAUGCCCGUCCUCCCUCCCUCCCCCGAGGCCUGUCCACUGGAGCUUGAGAUCAGCCAGAAAAGUCAGGCAACUUUGCAGGGACCGGGAGCAAGGUCUCCCGGCCGGGCCUGGGUCCAGUCUCUGCGGGCAGUGCAGUGCUGAGCCCCACCCCUCAAGCCGUGCCCUGUCCAUAGCUCCAGACUUUGACCCUGCGCUCCAGUCCGGGCUGGCGGACAGAGGGCUGCAGACAAGACGCCCCAGCAUCAGGAGCUUCCCCUCAGGAAAUAGCAUCCUGUGUCCCCGCACGGCAGUUAUCUGGUCUCUCCAGCAGUUUGGUACUUCCGGCUGGUACCAUGCGUGUGGUGGUGAUCGGAGCGGGAGUCAUCGGGCUGUCCACCGCCCUCUGCAUCCAUGAGCGCUACCACUCAGUUUUGCAGCCACUGGACAUAAAGGUCUACGCGGACCGCUUCACCCCACUCACCACCACUGACGUAGCUGCCGGCUUCUGGCAGCCCUACCUUUCUGACCCCAGCAACCCAAAGGAGGGGGACUGGAGCCAACAGACUUUUGACUAUCUCCUGAGCCACAUCCAUUCUCCCAAUGCUGAAAAACUGGGCCUGUUCCUAAUCUCAGGCUACAACCUCUUCCAUGAAGCCAUUCCGGACCCUUCCUGGAAGGACACAGUUCUGGGAUUUCGGAAGCUGACCCCCAGAGAGCUGGAUAUAUUCCCAGAUUACAGCUAUGGCUGGUUCCACACAAGCCUAAUUCUGGAGGGAAAGAACUAUCUACAGUGGCUGACUGAAAGGUUAACUGAGAGGGGAGUGAAGUUCUUCCAGCGGAAGGUGGAGUCUUUUGAGGAGGUGGCAAGAGAAGGCGCAGAUGUGAUUGUCAACUGCACUGGGGUAUGGGCUGGGGCGCUGCAACCAGACCCCCUGCUGCAGCCAGGUCGGGGGCAGAUCAUUAAGGUGGAUGCCCCUUGGAUAAAGCAUUUCAUUCUCACCCAUGAGCCAGAGAGCGGCAUCUACAAUUCCCCGUACAUCAUCCCAGGGACCCAGACAGUUACUCUUGGAGGCAUCUUCCAGCUGGGAAACUGGAAUGAGCUAAACAAUAUCCAGGACCACAACACCAUUUGGGAAGGCUGCUGCAGACUGGAGCCUACUCUGAAGAAUGCAAGAAUUGUUGAUGAGCGAACUGGCUUCCGGCCAGUACGCCCCCAGAUUCGGCUAGAAAGAGAACAGCUUCGCGUUGGACCUUCAAACACAGAGGUCAUCCACAACUAUGGCCAUGGAGGCUAUGGGCUCACCAUCCACUGGGGAUGUGCUCUGGAGGCAGCCAAGCUCUUUGGGAGAAUCCUGGAAGAAAAGAAGUUGUCCAAAAUGCCACCAUCCCACCUCUGAAGACUCCAGCGACUGCUGCUUCCCCCACAAGAACUCCCUUCUCCCCUCAGCCAACAAAUCAAUGUGCUCCUUCAUAAGCCAUUGCUUAUCCCUCACUUCUUUCCUCAAAGAAGCAUGAGGUGAGAGAAAGCCACAAAGUCAGUGCCUGGAGAAGGGUUCAGCCCAACAUGGGGCCCUUCUCAUCACCGAAAUCCCUCUACCUUCUCUGGGUCUGGCAUUAUAAAGAACAGCUGGGGGCUGUUAUUCCAUGAGUCUUCAGAAGAAAGGACAGCUCAGAAAAUCAAAGAGGCCAACUGCCCAGAGCCACAGAAAAUUGAGGAUAAUUGAGACUAAGUAACAUGAAUACAAGUUGUACUAACAUAUUAAAGGUUCUGAAAAGUCCUGCAGCAAAGACAACUA